UGGGCUAAGUUGUGGCAAUACCCAUGCGAUUGCAGGAAUGGGGUUGCGGCGGCGCCAACCGAACGCGUCGUGCUCCGGCUAUGCCACGUGUCGAUCGAGGCUCCUCCGGCCACCACGUCGCCGCCCGCAAUCGACCAACGCACCAACCAGACUCCACCGGCGGGAGGCUGAUCCUCCGCUGCUACUAGCGCAGUGCCCUCGCUCAGUCUGGUGCCGUGCAGCGUAGGAUCAGCUGUGCCUGUGAGCCUGUGAGGCUGUGAGAACGGAGAAGAAUGGACGCGGAGGGGUUGCUGGCGUCGGCUGCGAUCAACCUGGGGCUGGCGCUGGUGGCGCUUUCGCUCUUCUCCCUGCUCAAGAAGCAGCCGGGGAACGCGCCCGUUUACCGUCCCCGCCGGAUGGCGACCGGCGAUCUUGGUGCUGGUGGUGGCUUGCUGCCGCUCGGCCACGGGCGACUAACGCCGUCGUUUCGGUGGAUCUGCGCGGCCUUCCGGCUCUCCGAAGAAGACGUGCUGCGGCGCCAUGGCCUCGACGCGCUCGUCGUCGUCCGCCUCUUCAAGUUUGGGAUCAAGUGUUUCAGUGUUUGCUCGAUUGUUGGAUUACUGAUCCUUGCUCCAACAAAUUAUACUAGUGAAGGUCGAGCUGACAUCAGAAGAUCGAAUUCCAUGGAACUAUUCACGGUUACCAAUGUGACACGGGGAUCUAACAGGCUUUGGGUGCAUUUUUCAUGCCUUUGUUUUAUAUCCUUUUAUGUGAUAUAUUUGCUUCAUAAGGAAUACAGAGAAAUUACUAUGAGAAGAAUUGAGCACUUGAAGCAUCACUACAAAAGACAUGAUCAAUACACCAUUUUGGUUCGAGGAAUUCCAACAUGUCCAGAUCAUGGAACUUAUGGGUGCUAUGUUGAUCACUUCUUCUCAAAGCAUUAUCAGACAUACCAAUCAUACCAAAUUGUACACGACAUAGGAAACAUUGAGGCAUUGCAGAAGUUGGCAUCCUCCAUUCAGAAACGGAUACAGAGGAAAAGAGAGACCAGAAAAUGUAAUCUUUUGGGACGGAUUUGGAGCAAGUUUACAUCAGAAGCAACAAAUAUUCACAACCAUGAAAAAAAACUGAAAAAUCUGCAAGAGACUAUCCGCCUCCUACAGUGUGAAAAUUUGCUUAAACAAAAGGAGGUACCUGUAGCUUUUGUCUCAUUCAAAUCCCGGUUGGAUGCUGCCCAAGCUGCGGAGAUGCAACAGCUUGUCAAUCCACUGUCAUUGGUUACAACUUAUGCCCCUGAACCAGCUGAUAUAAUAUGGAAAAAUUUGUCCAUUCCAUUUUGGCGCAUGGGUAUGUACAAAAUUGGAGUCUUCGUUGCUGCGUUCCUGCUAACAGUGUUCUUCACCAUCCCUGUAACAGCCGUGCAGGGGAUAGUGCAAUUUGAGAAGAUUAAAAGGUGGUUCCCACCAGCGAGAGCUGUGCAACUUAUACCCGGUUUGAAUUCAGUUGUGACUGGGUAUCUUCCGAGCAUGAUCUUAAAUGGCUUUAUUUACUUGGUUCCUUUUGCGAUGCUUGGUAUGGCUUCAUUUGAAGGCUGCAUUGCCAACAGCCAAAAAGAAAUUAAGGCCUGCAAUAUGAUCUUCUACUUCUUGCUUGGAAAUGUUUUCUUCCUCAGUAUUCUUUCAGGUUCUCUACUUGAUCAGAUAGGAGAAUCCUUCGAGCACCCAAAGAACAUCCCUAACCGUCUUGCAAGUGCUGUUUCUGCACAGUCAGAUUUCUUCAUGACAUACAUUUUGACCAACGGCAUGUCAGGGUUUUCUUUGGAGGUUCUUCAGCUUGGUUUGUUAAUAUGGCAAUUUUUAAAGGCACAUUCACUUGGACACAGUGAGGAACCAUAUCUUUAUGGCUUCCCUUACUUCCGAGUCGUGCCCAUUGUUUCCCUUGCAAUAUUGAUUGGAGUGGUCUACGCUGUAGUUGCACCCCUUCUACUCCCGAUCCUUUUGAUAUAUUUUCUGCUCGGUUAUGCAGUGUACAUCAACCAGAUGGAAGAUGUUUAUGAGAUCACAUACGAUACAUGCGGACAAUACUGGCCCAACAUUCACCACUACAUAUUUCUAUCAGUAACACUCAUGCAAAUCACAAUGAUAGGACUGUUUGGGCUCAAGUCAAAGCCAGGAGCUUCCUUCGCGACAAUUCCGUUGCUCGUGUUGAACAUUCUUUUCAAUGAGUACUGCAAGGUCCGAUUUCUUCCAAAUUUCAGCCAUCGACCAGUUCAGGUUGCCAAACAGAGUGAUGAGCUUGAUGAGGCUGAUGGUAUGACUGAAGGCGAUGUGAACGAUGCAAUUUGCGCUUAUUGGCCACCAUGGAUGCGUCCGACAAGCCUGGAAUCUAGUUCUGUGCAGCCUUUGAAUAUUUGAUCUGUUUUGCACAAUGCACCAGCAAUACUGGUGCUGAUGUCAGUUUUGUUGUUUAAUGUAAACUAUGAUUAUUUUUUUAUAAAAAAAACGCACUGUAUCAAAAGAAAACACAUGCAAUUGAUCUCAGUUUGACUGCUGCAUGUGUCUCCUUUGUCCACUUGUAAAGUACGCACAAGUAUAGACAUUACGAUAACUGCACAAAGUUCAUGUUUCUCA